UUUGAAAAUUUUUCUUGGUUCGAGAAUUUAAUAGCUAUUUAUACCUCCAUUAAACUUUUAUAGUGUAGAUAAUCAAGCUUUUUUUUUUGGUAGCUGCCACCACAGUUUUCACGUGAAGGUCUUGGCAGCUAAAAUAAAAUUAAUUUGCAGUCAACUUAUCUACAAUCAUAUAAAUAUAGAAUGCUUUGAUCGUUGAUUUGAAAGAUAUAUUAAAAUGUGAAGUAAUAAUCAUUAGAAAAAAAUGGUCAAGUCAGAAGAGGACAAGUUAUCCCAAAUCGAAGUUGGUGGUGAGCAAUCCAGCGACACAUUUGACAGUGAUAAUGAAAAGAAAGCAGCUAUCACUACUGAUAUUGAAUCAACUAUUAGUUUAUCAUCAUCAGCCGAUCUGAAAAAUCCCUUUAUUGAUCCUGUAGUAGCUGAAUAUUAUAGAGGAGUAUAUGAAAAGGCCAAAUACGAAUGUCGUGGAGUCUUUGAUCCUGAUUUUAAUUGGGAUCCAAAGGAAGAGAAAGCUCUCGUUAGGAAGUUAGAUUUUAGAGUUGCUCUUACUGCUUGUGUUAUGUUUGCUGCUUUACAAAUUGAUAGAGGUAAUUUAAGUCAAGCUGUUACUGAUAACAUGUUAAAAGAUUUGGGUUUAACCACUAAUCAAUAUAACAAUGGUAAUACUAUUUUCUAUGUUUCAUUCUUACUUGCUGAAUUACCUUCCCAAAUCAUUUCAAAGGCUUUAGGACCUGAUGUGUUUAUUCCCAUUCAAAUUUGUACUUGGAGUAUAGUAGCCAUGAGUCAAGGUGCAUUAAAAGGGGCAGCUUCAUUCUAUGUCACUCGUGCACUUAUUGGUGCCAUUGAAGGUGGAUUCAUUGCUGAUUUGGUUUUAUGGUUAAGUUACUUUUACACUAGUAAAGAAUUACCUAUUCGAUUAUCAUGGUUUUGGACAACAUUGUCUCUUGUAUCAAUCAGUAUUUCAUUAGCAGCAUUCGGUAUCUUGAGACUUAGAGGUCAUUUAGGAUUAGAAGGUUGGAGAUGGUUAUUUAUACUUGAAGGUGCGAUAACCUUAACUAUUGGUAUUUCAUCAUUUUAUCUUAUGGUACCAUCAGCUGUACAAACUAAGAGUAGGCUUCAUCCAAAAGGUUGGUUCACUGAUAGAGAAGCUAAAAUUGUCGUCAAUAGAGUAUUAAGAGAUGAUCCAAGUAAAGGAGAUAUGCAUAAUAGACAACCAUUAACUCCAAGAAUGAUUUGGAAAUCUUUAACUGAUUAUGAUUUGAUUCCAUUAUAUAUCAUUGGUCUCUUAGCUUAUGCGCCAACAUCUACUUUAGGUGCUUAUCAAACAUUAAAUUUAAGACAAUUAGGAUUUUCAACAUUUGAUACUAAUUUAUUAACUAUCCCUGCUGAUGCCCUUCAUAUUAUACUUUUGUUAUUCAUAACUUGGUUAUCAGAAAGAGUUAAUAAUAGAAUUUUAAUUUGUUAUUUCUUACCAUUAUAUUCGGUACCUUUGGUUGCAAUAUUAGCAUUUUGGGAUGGUACAUUAAAAAAUGUAUGGGGAACAUGGGCAGUUACAUCUUUAGUAUUAGGAGGUCCAUAUAUUCAUGCUAUUGUUGUUGCAUGGGUUUCAACCAAUUCAAAUUCAAUUAGACUGAGAUCAGUUGCUAGUGCCGUUUAUAAUAUGUCAGUCCAAUUAGGUAGUAUUUACGCAAAGAACAUCUUUAGAGAAGAUGAUAAACCCCUUUACAGAAGAGGUAAUCGUCAAUUAUUUGCCUUGGCAGUUAUAAUGUUCCCAGUCUUCUUUUUAACUAAAUUUUAUUAUAAAUGGAGAAAUAGUCAACGUGAUAAGAAAUGGAACGCAUUCACGCAAGAGGAAAGAGAAGACUAUAUUAGAAAUACAAAAGAUGAAGGUAACAAACGUUUAGAUUUCAGAUUCAUUCAUUGAUUGAGUGUUUCGACUUAGUAUAAGUAUGGUUAUAUUUAUAUUUUUUAUAUAGUGAUAAUAAUAAUAUAUUCUGUUAAUUUUAUUAAUAAAAUAUUUAAUUGAAAAGACAAACUGAAAGCACAAUCAUUCAUAAAAUCAUCAAGAUUGAUAGCAAUGAAUUAUAUAAAGACUCAUUAACUAAGAUUUAUUAGAAUCAUGGAAAUUCUUACCAGCAUAAACAGCGUAUU